AUGAGGAAGACGCAGAGAAUAGGCGAAGAGGACCGGAACGAUGCUUUGGAAAUUCUACAAUUCCGUCUCCCAUCACCUGUCACCCGUCACCCAUCACCCGUCACCCGUCACCCGUCACCCGUCAACUGUCACCCGUCACCCGUCACGCAUCACCAUCGAUAUAUAACAACAACAUCACCCACCACUCAUAGCCCAUCACUUAUCACCCAAAACCCAUCACCCAUCAACCAUCACCGGUUAUCCGUCACCCAUCACCCUACACCUAUCACCCAUCACCCAUCUCCCAUCACCCAAAACCCAUUAUUUGUCACCCGUCACCCAUCACCCAUUACUCAUUACUUGUUACUAAUUACUCAUUACUUAAUACCCAUCACUCAUCACCCAUUACUCAUCACCCAAAACCCAUCAGCCAUCAACCACCAUUCAACACCCAUCAACCGUCACCCGUCACCCAUCACUCAUCACUUAAUCACCCAUCACCCAUCACCCAUCACCCAUUACGCAUCACUUAAUCACUUAUCACUCGUCACCAUUAUUCAUUAUUCAUUAUCAACCACCAUUCAACACCCAUCAACCGUCACCCGUCACCCAUCACUCAUCACUUAA